AUGGUACUGGAAGCCAUAUUUUCAAUGAUUUUUGCCCUGGUACUAUGUAACAUACCCAAUCCUGAAUGCAGCAUUAGUGAGCCUCUGCCUUUUCUUCACAAGGAAUACAACUCAGGAGACCUCAACAUUGUAGGCAUUCUGUCUAAGAUCUACAUAUAUUAUAAUGUGAUGGACUUCACUGAACCACCCUCUAGUAAUCUUUUCGAUGAAAUUCUGGUCGUGACACCCCUCUUUCAGCAGUUCCUGGCUUUGCAAUUUGCAAUCAAGGAGAUCAAUGAAGAUCCUCAUAUUUUACCCAAUUGCACCCUGGGCUUCCAUAUCUAUAACAGUUAUUUUACUACAAUUUGGACCUAUCGUGCCUCAUUGGAACUCUUUUCUGCUCAGGGCAGAUUCACUCCUAACUACAGCUGUGACCAGCAGAACAGACCAAUAGCUGUCAUUGGAGGAGCAACAUCUGCAGUUCAGGCCCAUAUGACCACCAUCUUGUCUCUCUACAAAAUACCACAGCUCAUCUAUGGCUCAACUCCAGAGAUGAAUACAAAAACACGGGCUCCUGUAUACCAACAGAUGUUCCCAAAUGUGGAGCAUCAGUACAAGGGAACUCUCCGGUUAUUGCUCCACUUCAGGUGGACUUGGAUCGGGGUGUUAUACUCAAAUAAUGAUUAUGGUGAAAGGUCCAUAAUGGAUGAAGAAGAUAGGACUCUCUGCACUGGAGAAGAAGAAUUGGACAGUCUCCCGACAUCUGUGUUUGAAAUGGACAUGACUGGCCACAGCUACAGCAUCUACAAUGCAGUCUACGUAGUGGCAUAUGCAUUGCGUGGCUUCCAGUCCUCUCUUUCCAAAUACAGAACAGAAGAUCAUGGAGCCAGACAAAGUCUUCUAAAACUGCCACUCUGGAAGCUGAACUACUUUAUGAGAAGAGUCUCAUUCAACAAUAGUGCAGGAGAAAAAAUCUCCUUCAACCAGAAUGGAGAGUUAGAAGUUGGAUUUGAUAUUGUAAAUUGGAUCACUUUUCCAAACCAGUCUUUCCUGAGAGUCAGAGUUGGAAGGAUUGACCUGAUGGAUUCCCAAGAAGAAACACUUACCAUUGAUAAGGAGGAUAUUGUAUGGCCACGGAGGUUUAACCAGGAAAGCUACACUACCAAAAAAGUAGCUGUUUCAAUCAAGCCACAAUACCUAAAGAAGGAUGAUGUUGGGACAGGUGAAUUGGCUUUCAGAAAGAAUGUUUUUAUUCAGGAUGGUGGUACUUGUAGCCUUUCUUUUAGUGUUUCUGCCCCGAGUGAUGGGCAUGAUUCCCAGGGCGAAAUGCAGCAUCAGUUUAUGACUCCACUCUACCAACACAUCCUGGCCUUAGAGUUUGCCAUCAAGGAGAUCAAUGAAAAUCCCCAUAUUUUACCCAAUCACACCCUGGGCAUCCAUAUCUAUAAUUCCUAUUUCUCUCCAGGUUGGACUUUCUGCGCCUCAUUGGAACUCUUCUCCACACAAGGCAGAUUCAUCCCUAACUACAACUGUGAAAUCCAAAACAGACCAAUAGCAGUCAUUGGAGGCCCAACUUCUGAAGUCUCUCUGCACAUGGCUACCAUCCUGUCAUUGUACAAGAUGCCCCAGAUCGUAUCUGGGUUUGUUCCAGAAACUGAUGUCAAAAAUCAGAAUACUUUCCAGCAACAGAUUUUCCCAAAUGCAGAACAUCAGUACAAGGGUAUGGUCAAAUUACUGCUUCAUUUCAGAUGGACAUGGAUUGGUGCAUAUACUGUAGAUGACGAGAAUGGUGAGAGGUUUUUGCAAAAUGUGGUUCCCAUGUUUGUCAAGAGAGGCAUCUGCUUUGCCUUCAUUGAAAAAUUCCCCCAAAGUACUUAUUCCAAUAGUCUGGUUGAUUCACUGGAAGAAGGGAGUAAAAUAUAUUAUGAAGUUAUCAGAAGCACUGUUAAUGUUGUGGUCCUUCAUGGUGAAACUGAUCACAUAAUUCUUCUAAGAAUACUUUCCAACAGGCUGAAAGAUGAUAAUGUACCACUAUGGAACAAGGGUAAAAUCUGGAUUAUGACAGCCCAGAUGGAUUUCACAUCAGUUCCCUUUGUAAGAAAUAUUGGCCUAGUCUUCCUCCAUGGUGCUUUAUCCUUUGCAAUUCACUCAGAGAAGAUAGUAGGAUUCCAGGAAUUUCUUCAGUCAAGAAACCCUAUCUUGGAAAAAGAAGACAGCCUCUUCAAGGUCUUCUGGAAAAAUGCAUUUGAAUGUUCCUUCCCCAUCAACAUGACUGAAGAGGAAGAUGAGGUCCUCUGCAAUGGAGAGGAGAAACUGGACACGCUGCCUACAUCUGUCUUUGAAAUGCAUAUGACUGGCCACAGCUACAGCAUCUAUAAUGCAGCCUAUGUGGUGGCACAUGCUUUGCAUGACUUACAUUCAUCUAUCAGAAAGUUCAGAGCAGGUGAACAUGAAACCAGACUGAACCUUCUGAAGCAACCACUGUGGAAGGCCCAGCCACUUUCUCUGUGUAAUGGGAAGUGCCAUUCAGGUUACAGUAAGAGCAAGAUAGAAGGGAAGCCAUUUUGCUGCUAUGAUUGUCUUCAAUGUCCACAAGGCAAGAUCUCCAACAAGGAGGACUUGGAUGACUGUUUUCAGUGUGCAGGAGAUCAAUAUCCCAAUGAGGAGCAGGAUUUGUGUCUCCCCAAAGUUAUAACAUUCUUGAGCUAUGAAGAAACCUUGGGGGCUGUUUUAGCCAGUUCAGCUCUCUUCUUUUCUUUGGUCACAGCUGGGAUCUUCUGGAUCUUUAUUAAGCAUCAGGACACUCCCAUAGUCAAAGCCAGCAACCGGAACCUCACGUAUGCUCUCCUUAUUGCUCUCCUGUUAUCAUUUCUUUGUUCUUUGCUAUUCAUUGGGCAACCUGACAAGGUGACCUGUCUCCUUCGUCAAACUGCCUCUGGAAUCAUCUUCUCCAUGGCCAUUUCUUGUGUGUUGGCCAAAACCAUCAUUGUGAUCCUGGCUUUCAUGGCCACCAAGCCAGGGUCGAAGAUGACCAAAUGGGUGGGGAAAGGAUUAGCCAUAUCCAUUGUGUUGGGCUGCUCAUUUAUUCAAGGAAUUAUUUGUGCUAUAUGGCUGACAACCUCUCCCCCAUUCCCAGGUGCUGACAUGAAUUCAGCAGCAGAAGAAAUAGUUCUGGAGUGUAAUGAAGGAUCUGACUUUAUGUUCUACUGUGUCUUGGGUUUCAUGGGCUUCCUUGCCAUUCUCAGCUUCACAGUGGCUUUCCUAGCCAGGAAAUUGCCUGAUGCUUUCAAUGAAGCCAAAUUUAUCACCUUCAGCAUGUUGAUCUUCUGCAGUGUUUGGUUGUCCUUUGUUCCAGCAUAUCUGAGUGCAAAAGGAAAAUAUAUGGUUGCUGUGGAGAUCCUGUCCAUUAUAGUCUCUAGUGCUGGGUUACUGAUUUGUAUUUUUUCUCCCAAAUGUUAUAUCAUAGUUUUGAGGCCUGAUAUGAACAAGAAAGAACAUCUCAAAAGAGAAAACAAUAGGAAAGUAUAA